UUUUCAAAAGCACCAGGUUCCGACAGAGGGCGAGCAGCAAUCAGUGCGUGUGGAGAGUGGAGACGGAUAACGGUACCUAGAGGAGAACAGGGAUGUACAGCAAACACAGGCAGAAAAAGAUCCAGUUUAUAUUAACAGAAUGUGGACAUUCGCUUAUAUUUCUGUUUCUUUUACUGCUGAACAACGUACUGGAAAUUGAGAGCGGAGACAGCACAGAACAAGCAGGGAAGCCACAUGGACAGACUGUGGUUCCGCGUUGGCUCUCCCCAAGCCGGACCAGACGAGAGGCCGGGAUUCCACAGCAGGUCCAGUACCCUGAUACGGGGGCGAUAGCAGUGACAGCAGAAGGGAGGGAGCUGGUGCUGCACGUGGAGCGUAAUCAUGAGCUGCUGGGCCCGGACUUCACAGAGACGCACUACAGUGAGGCCGGGGACCAGGUGACCAUCUCGGCCAAUCAGACGGACCACUGUUUCUACCAUGGCUAUGUGAGAGGGCACCCAGAUUCCUGGGUCGUUCUCAGCACCUGCUCCGGGGUCCGGGGCCUGAUAGUCUUGAAUGAGAAUGACAGCUACUACCUUGAACCAAUUAGAGGGCUGGACUCUCCCCAUCACAUGAUCUACCGCACAGAGCAUCUGCCAAUCAGAGGGGGAGCAUGUGGACACGGCCACUGGGUGGGACACACAAGCCUUGUCUCCAGCCUUCUUAAACCUUUGCAUCAAAGGGUAAGGCGAAAUGCCUGGGGCACCACCAAGUACAUGGAGCUCUACAUUGUUGCCGACAGUAUGCUGUACAGAAGACAAAACAGUGACCUUGGCAAAACGAAACAGAGGAUCAUGGAGAUCGCCAAUUACGUGGAUAAGUUCUACAGGGCCCUGAACAUCCGCGUGCCGCUGAUCGGGCUGGAGGUGUGGACGGACCGGGACCAGUGCAUCGUGAGCGAGGAGCCCAACGCCACCCUCUGGUCCUUCCUGCAGUGGAGGCAGAAGCUGAAGUCUCGCAAGCGGCACGACAACGCCCAGCUCCUAACGGGCGUGAUAUUCAAAGGGACCACCAUCGGCAUGGCGCCCCUGGAAGGCAUGUGCAGCCACGAGAACUCGGGGGGCAUCAACGUGGACCACUCAGACUUGCCCAUCGGGGCGGCGGCCACCAUGGCCCACGAGAUCGGCCACAACUUCGGCAUGAGCCACGACAACGAGGGCUGCUGCGUGGAGGCCACGCCCGAGCAGGGCGGCUGCGUUAUGGCCGCCGCCACCGGGCACCCAUUCCCACGAGUCUUCAGCCGCUGCAGCAAGAGGGACCUGGACAACUAUUUCCAGAAGGGAGGGGGCAUGUGCCUCUUCAACAUGCCCAACAUGAAGGACCUGGUGGGGGGCAAGCGCUGCGGGAACGGUUUCGUGGAGGAGGGGGAGGAGUGCGACUGCGGAGAGCCGGAGGAGUGCACCAACGACUGCUGCAACGCCAACAACUGCACUCUGAAGGAGGAGGCGCAGUGCGCUCACGGGGUCUGCUGCGAGGGAUGCAAGCUGAAGCAGGCCGGGACUAUGUGUCGAGGGCCGGCAGGGGCAUGUGACCUGCCUGAGUACUGCACCGGCGGCUCCCCCUACUGCCCCUCCAACGUCUACCUGCUGGACGGCUCCUCCUGCCACAGCGGCCACGCCUACUGCUACAACGGCAUGUGCCUGACGCACGAGCAGCAGUGCGUGCAGCUGUGGGGAUACGGUGCCCGCCCCGCUCACGACGCCUGCUUCCAGGACGUGAACGCCGCCGGGAACGCCUUCGGCAACUGCGGCAAGGACGGACAGGGGAACUACAUGAAGUGUGAAAAGAGCGAUGCCAAGUGCGGGAAGAUCCAGUGCCACAGCGCUGCCAAGAAGCCCAAGGGCACCAACGCCGUGUCCAUCGACACCACCAUCCGCACCGACGGCAUGGAGCUCAAGUGCCGGGGCACCUACGUCUACGCCACCCAGGACGGGCAGGGCGACCUCCCGGACCCAGGCCUCGUCACGACCGGGACCAAGUGCGGGGAGGGGAAGGUGUGUCAGGAUCGCCGCUGCCAGAACGCAUCGUUCACCGAGCUGGAGGGCUGCAUCAACCGCUGCCAUGGCAACGGGGUGUGCAACAGCAAUCGGAACUGCCACUGUCACCGCGGAUGGGCCCCGCCCUUCUGUGAGAAGCCAGGGCUGGGAGGCAGUGUGGACAGUGGGCCCAUUCAGUACGACAGUCAGCUGGGCUUGGUGGUCGGGCUGCUCUUUGCAUUCCUGGUGCUGCUGCCCGCCGUUCUUAUUGUGUUCUACUGCUACAAGAUCAAGACCUCCCUCUACCACAAAUGGAUUUCGCAGAGGGAGAAGAACAACCAGGAGAACAGGAACGAUGUGACAGAUCACAAGGUGAAAAAUGGACAUCUGAACCCGGCUUUUCAUCUGAAAGUUGUGGGGCCAUCCUCCAAGAACAGCAACACAAAGAAGCUUCCACACACAAGCAAAGAGGUCCUACCGCUGAGACCGAACCCUAUCCCCAACUGCAACCAGCCCGUCAACAUUGUCCGGCCCCUGCGUCCCGCGCCCUCGCCCCACCGCGGUCCGCGGGACCAGCCCCUGCCGGUGGGCAAGCCCCCCCCCGUUCCUCCGAAAUCUCCAGCAGUCUUGCCCAAACUCACCCCGCCGAAGAAGCCCCUGCCCCUCAGCCCGACCAGAUGCCCUUUGCUAGUGUCUGAGCUUCAGCAAAGACCCUCCCCCUCCCCACCUCAAAGACCCCUGCCCCUCAACCCCUCCCCUUGCCGGGUAGUUCUGCCCAAGCCUCCCAUAUGCCAGCUGGGGACCACGCCCUCUGCUCUCAGCCCCAAGCCAACGGGCAAGGUGUCCAGCAUUCCUCCAGUCAAAACGUUCAAACCUGUUCCACCUCAGAAGCCUGUCCCAGGGGCCAAACCGAACCCAGCCUUGUCUCCACUACGAAAAUGACCCUCGGAGACGGUGAAACUGACAGGAGUUCGGCAAACUUAUUUGCACUAAAGAGCACACGGCUGGAAGCCUUGCACAGGCGGUUUUGUGCAGCAGGGGGGGCCAGUCCAGUCCAGUCCAGAUCUGGGCUGGGUGGGGAAGUGUAAGGGGUACCCCACAGGGUGCACCAGUUCCCUUCCUACGCGACGCACGUGUGCUCAAAGACGACCACGCCCAGCCUGCAAAACGACACGGCGCUGCGUUCUGGGAACAGCGUAAUGAGACUGUCAGCCACAGCAAUGGAGCUUAGAUGGGCAGGAGUCACACUGAAUCGAGUAGCUCAACUGGUCUGUGCAUCACAUCGAUACCUGUGUCAUUUUUUUUUAUUGCUGUCAGUUGUUUGUUUUUAAAUGUCUGUGUAAUUUGCCAAAGAUGUAAUUGCGUGUGUUUUUUUUUCCCUUUUUUGUGGGUGGGGCUUGAUUAAUUGCUGCAUUAGGGGUUUUUAAAUGUUACAUAGCAUCCAUGUGCUUUAGCCAUUUAAUCUUAUGUUUGCACAUCUUUGAACGCAGAGCUUGUUAAAUCCGGUGAAGUACACUGAUUCGUGUUUGCAUGGGAGAAAAAUUAAGGGUUUACAAAUGUGGGAUGAAUUUGUUAUCCUUUUCCACAUUACGCACCCAGAUUUAUAUAUUAUGACAUUAAAACGGUGUUCGGAACAUGCCUUGUUCUAAUCAUCUCACGUCUAGGAUGAAUGGACUUGAAUUCAGCAGUGUGUAUUUUUUUCUGAAGUGCACUGCUCCGUCUAUCUUGAUUUCACACAACUACUACUAAACUGGGCACAGUUAACCUUUAAUCUUACGUUACACAGCUUGCUAAUGCAGUAUAAACUGGCACGAGAAAGGAGCUCUACCUCGGUAAAUUAAAAUCUGUUUUUUUCUAAUUUUACACCCCUUAAAGGUGGUGCAUUACACAUGAGGUUUGUUAUAGUAACGUAAAUGAAAAUGGAGGGUUUCCUUGUCUGCUGAUCAGGCUUCUGAAGGCGGUCUUUCCCGUACAUAGCCUCUCUGCAGUGGAAGUAAUUGCCAAUAAUGUUUCUGCAGUGGCAGAGUCCUGUUAGUGUGUUCAGUUUUCUGAGAAUUGGGCUUUUUACCAAGAAUCCCUGUACUACCACUUCAUUUUAACAUUUGCAUGUCAUUAAGGCGAUUCAUGGAGUGAAAAUGCACAAAGAAACAGCAUAACGUGUGCUUCUCUGUGGCCACUGGGGAUAUUGCCACCAUUUCUUCAUUCAGUGGGAAAAUGUAAAGUUUUGCUUGUAAAAAUCUGUAAAUGCCGUUAAUCGAUAGUAGCACACUUUCUAAUUUUUGAUUAAAAUGCUUCAGAAUA